UUAUUCUUCUUCAAGAUGACAAGACCAGAGAAAGAGAGUUUUUCAUCCCUUCUGUUGUCCGACCGAUUUGAACAGCGGAUUUCUGGGCUUUGCGUCUGAUUUCGUCACUGAAAGUGAAAAAAGUCUCUUUGCUUUUCAUGGUUUCCGCGCGCCCUUUUGAAGCCCUUUUGACGCUAAAGACGAGAAGAAGUUGAGGAAACAUGAAUACAACUUCAACACAUUUUGUUACACCGAGAAGGUUUGAAAUCUACGAGCCCCUCAACCAAAUCGGUAUGUGGGAAGAAAGCUUCAAGAACAAUGGAGGCAUGUAUACGCCUAACUCUAUCAUAAUCCCAACAAAUGAGAAACCAGACAGCUUGUCAGAGGAUACUUCUCAUGGAACAGAAGGAACUACUCCUCACAAGUUUGACCAAGAGGCUUCAACAUCUAGACAUCCUGAUAAGGUACAGAGACGGCUUGCACAGAAUCGCGAGGCAGCUAGGAAAAGUCGUUUGCGCAAGAAAGCUUAUGUUCAGCAGCUAGAGACAAGCCGGUUGAAGUUAAUUCAAUUAGAGCAAGAACUCGAUCGUGCUAGACAACAGGGUUUCUAUGUGGGAAACGGAGUAGAUACUAAUGCUCUUGGUUUCUCAGAUAACAUAAGCUCAGGGAUUGUUGCAUUUGAGAUGGAAUAUGGACAUUGGGUGGAAGAACAGAACAGGCAAAUAUCCGAACUAAGAACGGUUUUACACGGACAAGUUAGUGAUGUAGAGCUUCGUUCGCUAGUUGAAACUGCCAUGAAACAUUACGUUCAACUCUUCCGAAUGAAAUCAGCCGCUGCAAAAAUCGAUGUCUUUUACAUCAUGUCUGGAAUGUGGAAAACUUCAGCAGAGCGGUUUUUCUUGUGGAUAGGCGGAUUUAGACCCUCUGAGCUUCUCAAGGUUCUGUUGCCGCAUUUUGAUCCUUUGACGGAUCAACAAGUAUUAAAUGUAUGUAAUUUGAGGAAAUCAUGUCAACAAGCGGAAGAUGCGGUAUCUCAAGGUAUGGAGAAACUGCAACAUACAUUAACAGAGAGUGUAGCAGCCGGGAAACUCGGUGAAGGAAGUUAUAUUCCUCAAAUAACUUGUGCUAUGGAGAGGUUGGAGGCUUUGGUCAGCUUUGUAAAUCAUGCUGAUCAUCUGAGACAUGAGACACUGCAACAGAUGCAUCGGAUCUUAACCACGAGACAAGCGGCUAGGGGAUUGUUAGCGUUAGGUGAGUAUUUCCAACGGCUCAGAGCUUUAAGUUCGAGUUGGGCGACUCGGCAACGUGAACCAACGUAAUUAAGGAGAUUAAUUAGAUUUCAAGAAAGGAUUGAGACUGUUAAGAAAUCAAGAAUAGAAUAAGCUGGUGAGUGGGUUUUGGACAAGACACAAGAACAGAACAAGCUGGUGUUCGAUGAUGAUGAUGGUGACGUCUUGCGGUUAAUGGAAAUGUCUGAGGAUGGAAAGUUGUAAUUAUGAUCAGCAACGUAAAGUUUGUAGCUUUAGAAACCAAGGGUUUUUGUUUUGUUUUUAUGUAAUACUAUUAUUAAGAUUAUGUAUGUAUGAUUUGCUUGUGGGGGUAUAUAUGAUCACACAGUAUUGUUUUCGUAUGAUCACAU